AUGCCGCCUCCUCUUACAAGUGAAGAGAGCGACGUUGCUGAUAGCGAGGGCAGAUUGUCAACUGAGAGUUCACCUCUGAGGCGACGCAGAGGAGGCAUUCUAAAAGGAGGCAGGCUUUGGAAGUCUCUAGAUAUGGACAGGGAUAUGAACGAACAGAAUGAGGACCAGCGAUCAACGACGACUGUCAGCGAUGAAGACGGUUCUGUCACUAGGACAGUACACUUCGUCGAGCGACCACAGGAAUCAAAUCAUGAAGAAACAAUUCCAAAGAAUGAAACGGAAGCAACUCAGACGUCAGACGAUGAAACAAACACGCAGAAAGAAACCGGUACAAGUACUAUACACAGGUUGGAAACACCAUUGAUCCUGACUAUACAAACACCAAAAACCAACUCGGCUGUCCAGCAACUAUUCAAUAGUAAUAGGCCUCCACCACCUGCCAUCGAACCACAGCUGAUCACGUCUGAAACCUUAAGAGCUUGGGACGCUGGUGUAAGGCCUAAAGCUGAAGACGCCGCCGUUCGCCGGGUAGCAGAGAGAAAUGCUCUCAGAUGUUCACUUCUUCGCAGCGAAGCAAGGAAAAAGCAACAAGCGAAGCAAGAAACAACGUCACUGGCUGAACGUAUCCGGCUCCUCACAUGCGAUGUAGAUGAGCCUGAAGACCGCGCCUCGCCCGCUAGCAUCAGCGUCGACAAAUUCUCCAGUAGCAGCGAUAAGUCGAGCGACAAGUCAUUCAACAUCAUGGACAAAAAUUGUGAGAAGGCUUUCGGAAGUGCAUCGUCAAGUUCGUCUUCAUCAACGUUAUCAGCACCAGUACCUAUACGCCAACAACCGCCAGACUUGGGAGAUGUUCAUCAAGAAUACCAAAAGCCAAGAUCGGAACCAAGACGGCAGUUUUUAUCCACCCUGGCCCCGCUCACAGCCUGCGUAGGCAGUGCCGCUCAUCACGAAGGCUUCUACUACGUGCCUCCAGGAGACAGAACGUCUGCUUCAGCAGCCACGACUCUUGACCUACAAGAGCAUAAUGAAGCGCCAGCUCCUGAUGUUGUUGCUGGAACACCAGGAGCUAACGACGGAGACGACGGACUCGCGGCGUUUGCUCGAGCAUCUGCUCCUAGGACAGAGCGUCUUAGGCAGCGUUACAGCCAAGAGUCACAGCCAGUCAGCAGCGACGACGAGCACGAUGACUAUGGUUUCCACCGUCGACCCGCGGUCCGAGGUAUAGCAGUGAAACAGCAAUUGGCAGCAUCCGACGAUAUUCUACAACAAAUGCAAAACGAGCUGCAACCGUCCUCUAGUUCUAAUUCGUCACAUGUGGCUGCUCACGCGUGCCAGCGUACCAAUUCCAACUAUUCCUGGCCAUAUUACUCUGAAGCGAAUCUCAAUUCCCGACCGCAAAGUCGAACGAGCUCUAACUCUAACUGUUGUUCUGACAGCAGUCAAGAGUUAUACAGCUCUCAAACAAGCUCAGAGCAGACUUCGCCAGUACGCACUGCAGCACGUUGCAGACGCCCGGAGUCCCCACCACCGAUCCGUAGUCAUCAUCAACUGCUUUACGUGCCGUACAGCACCCACUACCACUAUCAACAUGACUACCCUACCCAUUGGGCCGCCAAUGAUUACGACCGACAAGUGCACUCAUACUAUCAACAACAACCACGCAGUGGGGCCAGCACACCACAGCCGAGCACCGCUUACCAGCAACGAGCACAUUAUAGUCACGCUCUUCAAAUGCAGAACAUGUGCCCAGCGCCAGCUAGGUACAGACCGGUUCCAGUCCCGCAACCUGGAGGCGGUAAACAAAUGAUUUGCUAUUCCGAAAAGGUGGCCGCGCCACUCUACCAACCAGCUCCCGGGUCACCAUCCAGAGCCGUUAGAGGAGCUCCCGAAGGAGCAGCAACUGCAGGGCAAGCUCCUGCAGCCACUUCGCCAAUGGCGCCACCUCCAAAUCCAGUUUAUUAUGCAAUGAACGUCUGA